UGAAUAUGGCGCGGUCGGGCGUAGCAACCAAAGCAUUUCGCUUCGCCUGGGAAAAAGUGUGAGGUAAAUAUGCUGCGGGCGGGCGCAGUAAACAACUUUUGUUCUACAAUAUAAAUAUGCUGCGGGCGGGCGUAGUAAACAACUUUUAUUCUGCAUUAUAAAUAUGCUGCGGGCGGGCGUAGCGUGAGAAACAAUUUGUAGUUUAGCGGAGUUCUGUUCUAUAAAUGUGAUGCGGGCGGGCGUAUUGUGAUAAACUUUAGUUUAGCGGAGUUUUCCACUAUAAAUGUGAUGCGGGCGGGCACAUAGUGACAAACAACUCUCAGUUUAGCGGAGUACUGUGUUAUAAAUCUGAUGCGGUCGGGCGCUCCCAGCUAAUAUUUUCCUCUCCAUUGUCUUUUCAGCUGUCUGUGUUGGUACUGCUGUAGAGAAGUUACCUUGUAUCUGGUGACAUCAGAGUCCUGGAGGCUACAAUGUAUCAAUGUGCAGCAUUUUAUUACUUAUUGUUGUUGCACUGAAGUUGCAGGAGCCCUAUACUCAGCAUAGGUUAUAAGAGACUCAUUGUGACUAUGGCAACACUUGUUGGCAGGGAUCAUGGUGGGUGUUGGUGCCAAGUGUCCUUAAUAUAGUUGCUGAUUUGUGAUGCAUGGGCUGGAGAUCAUGCUAUAUACAGACUGGAGUUGUUGUAUCCACAGAGCCAUUGAGAUCUGCCUUCAUGAACCUGCUGUGGUGGUCUAGUGCAGAGAGGGAUAAUGACAAAGAACUGGUUUGCUCCCGGCCCUGGCAUCCAAAGUUAAGCUGCCGGACUGGGCACAGAGGCAUCGAGCAGGUCUGAUGGGCUGGCAAGCAUGAGUGCAGGGCAUCCAGGCAUCUUCCCAGCAUAAGAUCUGCACCUACAGCCAUAUGUCUAAAAAAUAGGCAUACAUAGCGGUGCGGUGUUCCGGGACAGCAAUACAAUCCCCUGUUUGUCCAUGAGCUCUGGAAGUGGGUGGCAGAUGGCCUGGACCUCAUAUAACAAAGCAGCGAAUAAAAGCAGACAGAAUUUACCUAAAGCCGAGGAACUCUGAUGAACGAUGGCUAGGACAGCAAAGGCAGCUACAUUUUGUGGACCUUACAUUCUUCAAAGAGUGAAGCCAGUGAAGGAGAAAUCAGGAGACCAGUCCCUAGCCAUGGAAGGGGCGGUGCAGCUUCUGACCCGAGAGGGCCACACCAUCUCCCACAAUUCAAAGCGGCACUACCAUGAUGCCUUUGUCUGCAUGAACCGUAUGCGCCAACGGGGGCUCCUGUGUGACAUUGUGCUGCACGUGGGGACCAAGGAAAUUAAGGGUCACAAAGUGGUGCUGGCAUCAUGUAGCCCAUAUUUCCAUGCAAUGUUUACAAAUGAGAUGAGCGAGAGUCGACAGACUCAUGUGACCUUGCAUGACAUUGACCCUCAAGCACUGGAGCAGCUGGUUCAGUAUGCUUACACAGCAGAGAUAGUGGUGGGAGAAGGAAAUGUGCAGACUCUGCUUCCAGCCGCCAGCCUCUUGCAACUGAAUGGAGUGAGGGAUGCCUGCUGCAAGUUUCUGCUCAGCCAGCUAGACCCUUCCAAUUGCCUCGGCAUUCGUGGCUUUGCAGACACACAUUCUUGUAGCGACCUUCUCAAGUCUGCGCACAAGUACGUCCUGCAACACUUUGUGGAGGUGUCCAAGACUGAAGAGUUCAUGCUUCUGCCUUUAAAACAGGUGCUGGACCUCAUCUCCAGUGACAGCCUGAAUGUCCCUUCUGAGGAGGAGGUGUACCGAGCGGUCUUGAAUUGGGUCAAACAUGACGUGGAUGGUAGGAGACAGCAUGUUCCUCGGUUGAUGAAGUGUGUGCGGCUCCCCUUGCUGAGCAGAGAUUUCCUGAUGAGCAGCGUGGACACAGAGCUCCUCGUACGGCAUCAUUCCGAGUGUAAAGACCUUUUGAUUGAAGCGCUAAAGUACCAUCUGAUGCCAGAACAGCGGGGGGUUCUAAGCAACUGUCGGACCCGACCAAGACGCUGCGAAGGAGCCAGCACUGUGCUGUUUGCAGUAGGUGGUGGAAGUCUCUUUGCUAUACAUGGUGACUGUGAAGCAUAUGAUACCCGUACUGACCGGUGGCACAUGGUGGCUUCUAUGUCUACAAGACGAGCCAGAGUGGGUGUAGCAGCUAUUGGAAAUAAACUUUAUGCAGUGGGUGGGUACGAUGGAACAUCUGAUCUUGCUACAGUAGAGUCAUACGACCCUGUGACAAACACUUGGCAGCCUGAGGUGUCCAUGGGAACCCGGCGCAGUUGUCUUGGUGUUGCGGUACUUCAUGGACUGUUGUAUGCUGCAGGGGGAUAUGAUGGUGCUUCUUGUUUAAACAGUGCAGAGCGUUAUGACCCCCUCACAGGAACAUGGACAUCCAUAGCUGCCAUGAGCACCAGACGUAGAUAUGUCCGUGUAGCAACACUAGAUGGUAAUCUUUAUGCAGUUGGAGGAUAUGACAGUUCUUCUCACUUAGCCACAGUCGAGAAAUAUGAGCCGCAGAUAAACACAUGGACGCCAAUUGCCAACAUGUUGAGCCGUCGUAGCAGCGCUGGCGUGGCCGUUCUAGAAGGAAUGUUGUAUGUCGCUGGGGGAAAUGAUGGCACAAGUUGUCUGAAUUCUGUGGAGAGAUAUAACCCAAAAGCAAACACUUGGGAGAGUGUGGCCCCAAUGAACAUAAGGAGAAGCACUCAUGAUCUUGUGGCAAUGGAUGGAUGGCUUUAUGCAGUUGGAGGCAAUGAUGGAAGCUCAAGCCUUAACUCCAUUGAGAAGUACAACCCACGUACCAACAAGUGGGUAGCAGCAUCCUGUAUGUUCACCCGAAGGAGCAGUGUAGGGGUAGCGGUUUUAGAACUCCUUAAUUUUCCUCCCCCCUCGUCCCCUACUCUCUCUGUCUCCUCCACCAGCCUCUGACAAAGAAUCCGGUUCUUCACGUCGAGGAGAAGCCCACACUGUAUGAUGUAGAAGAAGUGGAUCCAAUGGAGAAGAACUCAUUCUCAGUUAUUAUGGGCUUCUUCUUGGGACAUGCCAUUUGUCCAUGUAAACUCUUAACUGCUGGAAAGGCCUGCAUCCCAUUACAAAGACACCUCUUUGCCAUUUAAAGACAUGACUUAACACCAAUCUGAUAUCAGGGUUAAUGGGUUUCCCUAAAGAUGGUCUGGAAAUUGCAUUUCAUUUCUCCGUAGCAUAAGGCAUCAGGGAAGAUGGAUGUUUGCUCUCCUCUUUGCACUGCGCAGGUCCCUCAGGCAGGAAAGGAGUAUAAUCUGUAGCUCUGCUCAUUCUCAAAGAAUAACAAUGAAAAACAGGUCUUCACGAAAUGUCUAGUAAUAUAUGAAUAGACAGAGGAUCUUUAAAUGCACUUAGGAUAUGAAUUAAUAUUUGGCUAAAUCCUCUGUGGACUGAUGGAUGCACUGCACCACAGAAAUCCUGGAAGUAAGCACUACAUGUACAUAAGGUGUCCCUUCCCCAGUCUCCUCUGUUGCACUGUUUACUCAGAAUAGUCACGGCCUUGGCACUGAUGCAAGAUUCAAAGUGGAAGUAUGAUGCAGAGUCCUCAAACUCUGGAUAUCAUGGUCUGAACAGGAUUCUGCUGAAACUUUAAAAAAAAGAAAGAAAACUGACAUCCUCAGAAUUACGGGAGCUUCCAUUACAUAUAUCAUCUCUCCAUUUACCUCACAAUGUUGGUGGAAUGCUGUGAAGUUGCUGAGGAACCAAAUGAACGAAACACCAAAACUGCCCUGUACAAAUGUUUAGUCCUGGUUGAAGGGGUGAGCACCUAUGGUUGUAUCCACCUACAAAGCCUUAAAGGGGUAUUACAGGAAAAAAAAGUUAUUUCUUUUAUAUAUCAACUGGCUCCAGAAAGUUAAACAGAUUUGUAAAUUAUAAACAGGAUAAGAAAAAAUUGGAAAGCGCUCACCUUCUCCGUGCACCAAACCAGCAUGAAUGAGGUCGAAACCUCCCCCUUAGAGGGGGAGGUUUCGACCUCGUUCAUGCUGGUUUGCACCUUUUUGUAGAUUUGUAAAUUACUUCUAUUAAAAAUUCUUAAUCUUUCCAGUAGUUGUCAGCUGCUGAAGUUGAGUUCUUGUUUUCUGUCUGACAACAGUGCUCUCUGCUGACACCUAUUUUAUUUCCUGGAAUACCCCUUUAAGGUGAACUACUGCUUUCUGUUAGGAAUCUGGUAUUCUUGUGACUGGAUAGAUCUAAAGCUGGCCAUACACAUAAGAUUGCUCUUGGAUGAUCACUUUCUCCCCUGACUCUUGCAUGUCCAGGUUAACUAGAUCUGCCAGUGCUCUUCUCCCAGGGGUGAAAGAGAGAGUUUUGUUGAAAUCUAGCAUAUGAAUUUGCCUCCAUACACAUCCAGUCCUGCUGAAAUCUGCAAUAACGGUCAAUACUUAUAUAUAUUUUUUGUAUGGCUAGUUCAGAGGGAACCUGACAUCAUUUGUCAUCAGUUCAACGCGUAGAGACAGCACCGGCACAGCUGCGGCAACACCCUAUUUGUUCUGUGAGCUCUCACGCGACCAAAUGCUGGAAAGGCAGGGAGUGAUGGGGUAAUGCCGUCCGUGACAGACUGGGUGCUCAAUCCUCUAAAGUGUACAAAGUAGAAUCCGGGAAGAGCAAAGAAAU